AUUUUAUAGGCGACCCGUUUUUGGAGACGAGGGCAUCCCGCAGCUCCUCCUCCUCCCUGGGGGGGGAGGCGUCAGGAGCACCGGUGGCAGAGUAUUUAUUCUGUGGGUUGCACACAGACAACAAAGUGAUCACCUUGCUUCAUCCACGAACGAGCACACACACGCACACAGUGGUCCUAUAUUAACAACAAGCGGUGAACAUGGAGUAUGACAUUUCAUUUGUGCUUUAUAACAAUAGUGACAAUGUCACAGAGGAGUCUGGAGAUUAUGAACUGGAGAGUUGGCAGAUGGCAGAUGAGCCAUGUGACAGAGCGCUGAGCAACGACUUCAACAGGAUCUUCCUACCUACAGUUUAUGGAAUAAUAUUUCUUCUGGGAAUCAUUGGCAAUGGAUUAGUUGUUGUUGUCAUGGGCUACCAGAAGAAGGUCAAAACUAUGACGGACAAGUACCGGCUCCAUCUCUCUGUGGCAGACCUCCUGUUCGUCCUCACGCUGCCCUUCUGGGCCGUGGAUGCAGCCAAAAGUUGGUACUUCGGAAGUUUCCUCUGUGUGUCUGUGCACAUGAUUUACACAGUCAACCUGUACAGCAGCGUGUUGAUCCUGGCCUUCAUUAGUCUAGACAGGUACUUUGCAGUUGUGCGGGCCACUAACAGCCAAGCCAUAAGGAAGCUGCUUGCAAACAGAGUGAUCUAUGUGGGUGUGUGGCUGCCUGCAGCCCUGCUGACUAUACCUGACAUGGUGUUUGCCAGGGUGGAAAACGAAGGGUCCUCAAACUUUCCCUUCGCAAACAAAAGUAUGGAGACCACAGACUUCAGGACCAUCUGCCAGCGCAUGUACCCACAGGAGAACAGUCACAUAUGGACAGUCGCUUUCCGCUUCCAGCACAUCCUGGUAGGCUUCAUUUUGCCUGGCCUGGUCAUCCUCAUCUGCUACUGCAUCAUUAUUGCCAGACUGUCACGAGCCACCAAGGGCCAGAUGCAGAAGAAGAAAGCCCUGAAGACCACGGUCAUCCUCAUCCUAUGUUUCUUCUCUUGCUGGCUGCCCUACUGUGUUGGUAUCUUCUUGGACAAUCUCAUGAUACUGAAAGUGGUCCCAGGAUCUUGUGAACUUCAACAAGCUGUGGAAAAGUGGAUCUCUGUCACUGAGGUGCUGGCCUAUUUUCACUGCUGCCUAAACCCCAUCCUCUAUGCUUUCCUGGGAGUUAAGUUUAAGAAAACAGCCAGGAGUGCACUGACAGUCAGCAGUAGAUCAAGUCAGAAAGUGACUCUCAUGACAAAAAAGCGAGGGCCAAUUUCAUCUGUAUCAACUGAAUCUGAGUCUUCAAGUGUUUUGUCAAGCUAACAAACAACUCCAGUUUGUGACUUGAUGCUCUCAGGAGAUAAACAAACUAAGCUUUAAAGACCUUACUACAUUUUGUACAGAUGUAAAAAAAAAAAAA